AUGACCCAAAAAGCCGAUCGCCACAGACUGGUUCAAGACACUAUGUGGACCUUGAAGGGGAGGCUCGGGAGCGAAUUCGACAGACAUAUCCGCAUCCUUGGCAGAAUGCAGGAAACCAUAUGUGAAUUGGAGAAGUUGCUUCCGAUCGAGAUGGAAAGGUAUCAUUUGGCGGCGAGAGACUGCUAUUCUCACAAUGAUCUGCUGACCCAAGGGCAGGUCUCCUGGGUGGGCACACCGCAGCAGAUGCCCUGGCAGUGGCACUUCAAACGUCUGCGGAUUAUUUUCUCCAAGGGCAAACAUAGAAAGGUGGACAAAUUGGCGGUCUGUAACCAACAGCAAGAGAUCCUUGGCUACAGUGAGCGCAUCAUCCCCAUCGCCGACAAGCGUAAGUCGUCUGAGCCAGUCGGGCUAUUCGAGAAGAUCCGCCAACACGCUUGGGGCGUGAACGAUGCGUUCAAGCGGCAGUGGAGAUGCAGUCGCGGCUGUCAGCCCGCAGACCACCAAGCUCACCUGAACCUCGACGCCGAAGCUAUCUCGGGCAACUUGGACGUGGUGUUCAUCUUGAGCGGCAGCCCGAGCAGUCUUACACCAUCGUGGCACCACGUCCAGGUUGCGCCAACAGAGGCAGUCCCAGCAGCGUGUGCAGACCUUACCAACACCCAGCAAUCAGCCGUACUUGCCGGUAUCCAGGAGACUUCCUUCCAGCAAAAUGCCGCGGCGAGAACAUGA